CUAACCAUCCUCGUCCAAUCUCAUUCCUCAUCGAAUUCUCCAUCUUGAUGAUGAGCUCCUCAUAUGUUAGCCUUGUUCCUUUCCUCCUUCUCCUCCUCACGGCACUGAUGAUGGCUGCUGUGAGCGAGAGUCGGAGGAGCUUUCAAGAGAUUCUGUUGCAGUCCGGUGGGGUUGCUGCAACUGACGGCACUCAAUGGGCUGUCCUAGUCGCUGGAUCCAGCGGUUAUUACAAUUACAGGCACCAGGCUGAUGUUUGCCAUGCCUACCAAAUCCUUAAGGAAAAUGGGUUGAAAGAUGAGAACAUCAUCGUGUUCAUGUACGACGACAUCGCCGAGAAUGAGGAAAAUCCCACCAAAGGAAUCAUCAUCAACAAACCCAAUGGCCCUGAUGUUUACCAUGGAGUUCCCAAGGAUUACACCGGUGAUGAGACCACAGCAGCUAACUUGUAUGCAGUCCUUCUUGGGAACAAGACGGCCCUCAGCGGGGGCAGCGGCAAGGUUUUGAACAGCGGCCCAAACGACCACGUCUUCUUCUAUUACACCGACCACGGGAGCACGGGACUGGUGUGCAUGCCCGUGGGGGACUACAUAUACGCGAAUGACCUGAUGAACGUGCUGAAGCAAAUGGAGAAGGCGAAGAAGUACAUGAACAUGGUGAUAUACAUAGAGUCCUGCGAGUCUGGGAGCAUGCUGCAAGGGCUGCUCCCCAAGGACAUGGGGAUCUAUGCGACCACGGCAUCCAACGCCAACGAGAGCAGCUGGGGCUACUACUGCCCUGAUGAUCCUUCCGCCAAGUAUGACACUUGUUUGGGGGAUCUCUAUAGCAUUGCUUGGAUGGAGGACAGUGAUGCCCACAAUUUGGGGACGGAAACAUUGCGGGAUCAAUACUUAACGGUGAAGAAGAGGACCAAUCUGUCCCAUGUGAUGCAAUAUGGAAACAUGGCUCUCAGCGAGGCCUUCCUCUCCACUUACAUGGGCCAAAGCCCCAAGAAAGUCUCUUCCGUUCCCUUGGACGAGCUCUCUCCUUCGAAUUCCCUGGCUGUUCCCCAACGUGAUGCUGAUUUGAUCUUUUUCCAACGCCAGGUGCAAAAAGCUCCGAAAGGGUCUGUCGAGAGUGCGGAAGCACAGAAGACACUAGACGAACAAAUGGCUCGGCGAUCGCAUGCUGACCGCAGCAUCAACCAAAUUGUCAACCACCUGUUCGGUGAUUCCAAUGCUGCAAGCAUCUUGACUGCUGUUCGACCUGAAGAACAACCUGUUGUUGAUGACUGGGACUGCCUCAAGACAUUUGUGAGGACUUAUGAGCAAUAUUGUGGACGGCUGAGCGAGUACGGAAUGCAAUACACAAGAGCCAUGGCGAACAUGUGCAACGCUGGAGUAGACAAGGACCGUAUGGAAGCAGCUUCUAUUCAAGCUUGUUCUUGAAAAGCAGAGUGAAAACGACGAUCAAUGUCCCAAAUGAUGCUUUUGCGUACAGUUUCUGAAUUAACUACGGAGUAUAUGUGCUGCUUCUAUGAAAUUGGAAUAAAUUCUUAUUGGCGAGCUCCCUAUGUA